AUGAGCAACACAAUCUCACAAUUCGGAAUAAAAGAUUCAUCGAUCAAAAAUUUAGUUAUCAUUUUUUUAAUAUACUUAAAUAAAAACGGUUUUCUAGACUUUUAAGAAUUUCAGAAUUUCUCUAAAAGCCUCCCUACUCCUUUAUCUCAUAAAGAAAUCGUAAAAAUAUUUAAAAACCUCGAUAAAGAUAAAGAUAAUAAAAUUUCAUUUGAUGAAUUCUACUAAUGGUGGUAUUGGGGAAAAGACCAGAAUUUACUUCCUUUAUUUUAUACUAAAUUAAAAACUGAAAAAUACUUAAAAUAGACAAGUUCUUAAUUUAAAAAAUUACAAACAAAUCAAUAGGAUGCUUCAGCUUAGGAAGAUACAGAAAUUAAUAGUUACUUAAUUUAAUUAAAUAGUACAUAAAAAGAACCUAAAUUUGAGUUUAAUAUUGAAUUAUUAACUGAUAAUUUAGCAAAUGAAAAAGCCUAAAAAUUUAUUGAAAUUAAUUAGUUAAAUUAGACUAAUCCUUGUAUAAUUUUAAAGCUAUAAUUUGAUUAAAAAGUAAAGGAUUAUUAAAAUAUUGUAGACGAAUUUGAAUAAAUAGUGGAAUAAAUUAAAUCAUUUGCAGAAAAUCUGCUCCCACCAGAAAUGUCAGAUUAAUAUUUGAAUAUGAUAUAGUUUAAAUAUCAUAUUAUGGAUAAUAAGUAUCUUAUUUUUACUAUAUUUGGUAAUCAUGAGUUAAUAAAUCAAAUGGUUUAGUCAUAUUGUGAUGCUGCAGCAUAGAUUAAAUAGGAUGACUUAGGAAUUUCAGUAAAAGUAGGAUUAAAAACAUAACUUGAUGUCGAAAAUAUGAUAAAAAAUAAAUAAGAAGUUAAUUUUAUGGAAGAAUUAUUGAAAGAACUUAAUAUUGAAAUAAAUGGAAAAAUGUCUAGAUAAAAAACUAAAAUAGCUUCUCUUUUUGACGCUGCUCCUAUUUUUGAGGAAAGCUUUAAUUUUAUUUAAUCUAACUUUAAUUCAGAAGAUACUGAAAUCAUAUUAAUUUUACCAACAGCUGUUCUAAGCAUGUAAAUUAAAGGAAAGAAUUUAGGAGAACUUGCAAAGUAAUUUAUUUAUAGAGAAGAAAAUGAAAUAGAUUAAGAUGAUGAUUGA